AAUUUGGGGAAUCAAGCUUUUUUUUCCCCUCCCCUCAGACCAUUUACCAUCAAACUGUCAACCUGUAUGAUAACCUGCCAACAUUAUCUGAGUGUCUGAGGAGAAACUAGUCAUGCAGAUGUGUGAAUCCAGGGUGUCCUCUGUCAUCCAGGAGUGGAUGAAUCCGUACCCGAAUCAGGCCCAUGUGACACUCAACCCAACGUCUUCAAGCCCAGCCGGGUCAUCCAAUUUGGUUUCAAUGGACAUGAUAACAUACAGCCAGUCUCAGGGACUGAGGGGCAGCAGUGAGGACAGAAUGGACGAGCAGAUGAUGGGACUGUCGUACCUGCCGUACACGUCCUCUUGUCUCAGCAGCGCCACAAAUUCCGGGAACCCACACCACAACCAUGGCAGCAAUUUGCAGGAAUUCCCUCCUCCUUUCAUCUUGCCAACCAUGCGUGCCCCGGUGGCCAAGAGGAGCAUCAGCAAGGACAGCGCAGAGUACCGGCUGCGACGCGAGAGGAACAACAUCGCGGUGCGGAAGAGUCGAGACAAGGCCCGCAGGAGGAUCCUGAUGACGCAGCAGAGGGCCCUGCAGCUGCAGGAGGAGAACCAGAAGCUGCAGAUCAAGAUCGGGCAGCUCUCACAGGAGCUGGACACUCUCAGACAUAUCCUGUCCCAGCAGCACCUACCGGGAAGUGAAGAGGGGGGCGCGGGGGUCCCCACCGUCUGAGCAAAGCCUUAUAGAACAAUAAUCGGCCCGUCAUAUCGUACCCUCACCGGACUCUUCCUUAGGUACAGUGCUCAACACACUGAUUAGACCACCUGUCAUAAAAAUGAGAAGAGUCCGUGCAGCAUCAUCAAGUGCUUCAGUGGACACUUUCCAUUUCAAGAAUGGACAUCACAUUAUUUGACAAUGUGAUAUUUUUCAGCCCAAAGAGCUUCUACUGUACAUACGGUCGAAUUCGCCAUUACAAAACCCCCCCACGAAAAACAACUUUGCUCAUUACCAAUGCUGUUAAUUUAGGGCAACGGUGGCCAAUAAGCCUUACGCCGAAUGGUGGUCUAAUCAUUCUGGUAAGCGUUUUAAACCUGCACAAACCGAGGAGAACCACUACAAAAACUGUAUUCCAGUCGCGCAUUGACAAAGAUACCAAUGCUGAGUUUGACUGGCAGCGCAAUCUGCUUAUGACUGUGAGCGAAGUGCACUGCACGCAUCAUCGGCUGUUUCUAAUAUUUUGGCACCCAUGCGGCAAGUGCAAAAUAUUGCAGACAUUUCUUUGCAUGCCGCAGUGCAGUUCCACCACCGCAAACUGUUCCAUCAAGCUCAGCAUUAUCAUAUCUUCCAUUGAGGAUAAUAAAUUGUGCAUCUGUACCUCAUCUUCUGGCUUGUUCGGUUUGAUUCCUGUACAGGACAUUGUGCGUUAUGGUCAUUUGUUGUAAAAUGCAUUUGAGGCUGAUAUUGCCCCAAGAGAUACAAGAUUCAUCCUUUACAAGCAAAUGUGGAAUUAGUAAAGUUGCUGCGUAUUUGGUUAUUUUAGCUUCAUUGUGGAUGUUUUCUUUCCCCAUGGCAUUUGCUUCUUUCUAAUGUGGACAAUGUCUGUAAAAAUAUUUCAUUCGGUACACCUGCGGCUGUAUCAGAUUAAAAAUUUUGCCUUCGCAAAGACAGCAAAGAUGAUGACGCUCGAUUUUAAUUGACGUUUGUCAGAGAGAUAAUUUAACCAAACGGUUCUUAUUAUCGUGCCUAUACUGUGCUGAUGUUUAUAACACCGCUAAUAAAGAUGGUUAUCAAAAU